AUGAAAACAGUGUUUCGCAUCAAAGAAAAUAUAGUCCAUUUAGACACAAAACACGGGGAAACCACUUUAAUGUACAUUGUAGCUUGUCUUGCAAAGCAAACAAAACAAUUUCCCGCAAAAAAAAAUCAGGAAAAAGCGCGCCAGAGAAAAACAACGUCGGCUAUAAAAGAAAGAGCAGAGUUGGCGGGCGAAUUGUCCGGUGCUCGCUCAGCGCGCCCUCAUUGGUCGACCGGUCUUCCCCUCCAGCCCCCGGCCCGCGCGUCCGACCGUAACUCACUCUUCACUUGUUUUUACAGCCGCCAUUUUGUGACGUUCGCUCGGGCGGCAGGCCGCGCUAAUCCAUACUCGCUCACGAUCGGCCGCGACUCUCUGUGUGCGUGA